UUUUUAGAUUACUGCAUGGGAAAAAAUUACAACGGAAUAUAAUUCCCGAACAACUGAACCAAGAACUUCAGAGCAGUUACGCUGCAAGUAUGAUAAUUUAAAGAAGGAUGUACGUAAAUACGAAGCUGAAAAGAGGCAGAAUAUGUACAAAACAGGUGGAGGUAUCGAUGAAACUAAUAUCAAAGCAUCGCUGAAACUGCUCUAUGAUAAAAUAAGCAGCCUAAUUCGCAUUUCCGUUUUGGGUUUAGAACCUAGUGAAGGUGAUAGUGAUGUGUUCACGGUGAAGAGUCAAAAAGGUUUAUCACAAGAUAUCCCGUAUUUCCAUAACAAUAAUAUAAUCAUUGAAUAUAUUGAUGAAGAGACACCAACUACCAGCACACCGGAGCUGCUACAGGAAGUGCAAAAAGAACAAAAAGAUUUUCCAAAACAACCGGAUGCAGGUAUCACAGGUGCAGCCAAGAGUACUUCAGAAUUAAAGACUAUUGACAAAGCUGAGGAUACACCACAGCUGCUUAGUGCUUUAGAAGAAAAAAAUGAUUGGUCGGACUAUACCCCAAAAAAACUUCAAUCCAAAAAGUACCGAGUGCUACAGGUGAAGAGAAAGAGGGACCCUGAACAAAUUGAUCCGAACCAAAAUGGCACAGAAAAAAAAACAGAGCUGGUAACUUUAAAAAAGAAAUUAUUGGAAGAGGAAAGUGCAAGAAAUAUCACCUAUCACCAAGAAAAAUCUCAGCGAGAAGAAGAAUUGCAUUUAUUGAAAGUAAAAAACUUGAAACUACAAAAUCAGAAGUUAGAAAUGGAAAUUUUAUUGCUAAAAAAACAAUUGAAUACCUAAUUAAAUGCCUAAUAUAAAUAAUAUCAUUAUAUAAAUUAUUGUCUAAUACUUAUUACAUAUUUUCUUCUAACAAAUUCAUAAAAUAUAACAAAAAUUCUUGUCUAAAAUUAUUAUUUUCUCCAUGACCAUCAGCUCCUGCAACGUUUUCAUCAUUUAGGUCGUGAUCUACAUUUACAAAAGGAUCAAUGAUGGGAUCCGGUUCAUUUAAAC